GUCACGCCGCGUCACUAUCUGGAUCGCAUGGAAGAGCUUUGACGUCACACCCGGAAGCACAGCGACGUGAAGCCGCAAGCAUGGAGGAGCAUAAAAGAGGAGCAGCUGUGCAGGGAGCUGUCGACACUACAAAGGACAGUCGGGGGGAGGAGGAAGAGGAGGAGGAGGAGGACUUCUAUGAGUGCCAGGAAGACCCAGGACAGGAGGAAGAGGAGGAGUCUAAACAGGAAGAGGAGGAGUCUAAACAGGAAACAACGGGCCGUCUAGAGGCCCCCUCUCGGACACAGAGUAGCAACAGAGAGGAGGAGGAGGAGGAGGAGGAGGAGGAGGAGGAGGAGGAAAUUGAAGGAGGAGGAGAAGAGGAGGAUGUGGCCGGAGGAGCAGGGUUGGCAGAAGGAGCUGAAGAGGAGGCUGGUGGAGGGAUUGAUUCAGACUUUGAGUUAGAGGAGGAGGAGGAGGAGGAGGAGAUCAAAGAGGAGGUUAAAAAAACUCUAGAGUUUGAUGAUGAGAAGCUGGCCGAGGCAGAGAAGGACCUCACUGAGGAGGAGAAGGAGGUGAGGCGGAAGGAGAGUCUGGUCCUGAAGGACGAGGGAAACGCUCUCUUCAAAUCUGGAGAGCACUUGGAGGCGGAGCUCCGCUACACGGCAGCGUUGAGGGCGUGUCCCGUGUGCUUCAGCAGAGAGCGAGCCGUUCUGUUCUCCAAUCGAGCCGCUGCCUGCCUCCACCUGGAUCGCAAAGAAUCUGCCAUCGCAGACUGCUCUAAAGCUCUGGAGCUGGACCCUGGCUACGUGCGCGCCCUGCUGCGGCGGGCUCAGCUGUACGAGGCGUCGGAGCAGCUGGAGCAGGCGCUGCAGGACUACCAGACGCUGCUGGAGGCCCAGCCCGCACACCCGGAGGCCCGCGCAGCCUGCAUGAGGUUACCGCGGGAGAUUGAGGAGAAGAAUGAGCGACUUAAGGAGGAGAUGAUGGGUAAGCUGAAGGACCUGGGCAACAUGUUCCUGAGACCGUUUGGUCUGUCCACCAACAACUUCCAGGUGAACCAGGACCCGGCGGGAGCCUACUCCAUCAACUUCGUCCAGGGCGGUGGCAACAACAACAACACCAACACAUAGCGCCGUGGAAACCGUCCCACCCUAGCAACCAACAGACAGUAACACAGGAGGAGCACAAAACUGGAACGGAUGUGUGUGUGUGUGUGUGUGAGUGUGUGUGUGUGCAUGCAUGUUUAAUCGAGAUAUUGGAAGUCAGCAUAAGAAGAGAAUCCUCUCACCGUGGCUAUCUGAUCACCGUGGCGACCUGAUCACCGUGGUGACCUGAUCACCAUGGCGGCCUCAUCACCAUUGCUAUAUCAUCACCGUGGCUACCCGAUCACCGUGGCGACUCGAUCAACGUGGCGACCCGAUCACCGUGGCGACCUGAUCACCGUGGCGACCCGAUCAGCGUGGCGACCCGAUCACCGCGGCGACCCGAUCAGCGCGGCGACCCGAUCACCGCGGCGACCCGAGCACCGCGGCGACCCGAUCACCGCGGCGACCCGAGCACCGCGGCGACCCGAUCACCGUGGCGACCCGAUCACCGUGGCGACCCUAUCACCUUGGCUUCAUGAUCCCCAUGGCGACCCGAUCACCUUGGCUACAUGAUCCCCAUGGCGACCCUAUCACCCUGGCGACCCGAUCACCGUUGCUACAUCAUCACCGUGGCGACCAAUGAGCAGACUGCAGCGUGUUGUCACCUGAUGAUACCAGGGGUCCACGCGGGGACGCAGGAAGAUGGCGUCUGUAGACUACACGGGUCGGCGUGUGGAACAGGGCGGGACAUCAUGACACAUGACAUGUGAAUGUUUGAUCAACCGCUCUUUAUUCUGGAUCAAUAAAGACCAAAUAACACAA